AUGUAUAUCUCAUCAUACGUGUUAAUUCUCUCUCUCUUUUCUCAAGGUUUUCUACUCUCAGUUUCAAAAUCUCUGCAAAACGUAGAAGAUGAAGGUAUGUUGCUAACCACAUUAAAGCUAGGAAGAACUUUUCAAAAUGGAGAUAGAAUUGUGAACAGAGGAGCUAUACCUUUGAUGAAGCAUUAUACGACUGAGGACAGCAGUGUUUUGGACAAAGAGGGUGACAGAAACAUGAAGUUUUCGGACACAGGUUCCAGACAUGAUUUAUUGAAUCCUGUUAUGCCAAUCAACUUAGGUAGAAACCAGCUACCUCAUCUUUCACUGAAGGGAGCCAUGGUUUUUCCAGCUGAUGCUGAAAUUCAAAAUAUUGAAACAAUACAGGAAAGAGAAACUGCAGAUGAAGAAAAUUCUGCUAAAUUCCCUAUAGGAAGAAGGGAUUUUGACAUGCUCAGGUGUAUGCUGGGAAGAGUCUAUCGACCUUGUUGGCAAGUCUGA